UUCUCCGUCCUCUCUUUACUCGCCUGUCACUCUCCGCCCAUUCUAAAAACCCUAAUCCCGCUCUCCCUCUCCGCCUAGCUCCUCAAGUACCUAAUCCCGUCGCCGCAGCGCCUACGGUCGGCCGCCGAUGGCUUCCCCUCGAUCGACGCUGCCCGUCAUUCCGCUCCUUGUGCCCUAGACGGUAGAUUCGAGUGUAGGGCGUCGCGAUCUCGCGCGGACUAGGUUGGUCGCCAAAGUCAUCAUAUCCUGGCGUCGGAGAGCGACGCCGCCCUGCCAGACGCGGCGGCCGUUGUGGAUACUGGAAUGAUAGCGGCGCAAGAGUUGGCUCCGGCGAAAUCCGGGCAGUCGCCGUGGACGAAAGCAGCAGCGACGACGACUGCUGAUGGGCGGAAGGAGGGGGAUCUCUUGAUGGGUGCGGAUUCGUGGCCCGCUCUUGGAGAUACUAAGCCGAAUGGAUUUGCGACUAAGGUGACACCGGCGGCUGUGCCGCCACCAAUGGCAGUGGGUAACCACCCGGGUCCUCAUCCACCUGCUGUUCCAAUUCAGGGAUCAGUGGGCACCCGAAAAUCAGGUGGGCUUGUAAGCAACAAUUCACCCAAGCAUCGUCACAAGAAUGGCUCUAGACGUAAUGAACCAGUUAAUGGUGGACCACCUUUUCCUGUACAUUUGACAUACCAACAAUCAGGGCAGCCAGUACUGUAUCCUGUUUUACAGCCUCCAACUCUGAUGGUUCCCGAUUAUGCAUAUCAGCAUCACCGUGCACCAUUUGCUAAUGUUCAACCACACAUUGUGAAUUCACCUGAACCUCACAUGUCAGGGCUGGUCCCAACCAGCCAACCUGGAGGAAAUAGUGGAAAUAGAAAUUUUCGGCCUAUGCUGCGAGAUCCAAACAAUUGGCAUCCCAAUGCUGGAUAUGGUGGUAGACCAUAUAAUGUUUGUGAACCUCCUCAAAUGUGGAGGCGGCCUUUUGGUCCAAGAGAUAGCACAGAUAUGCCUCGUGCUUUUGGACCGAGAAAUUUCAUCAGGCCAGUUCCUCAGUUUCUCGGUCCUGCACCUGGAUUUAUCAGUGGGCCUGGUUUUCCUGGUCCUCCUAUGUAUUAUGUUCCUGCUACUACUCACGAAGUGAUGCAUGGCCCUCCUCGAUUUCCUUCCUACCCCUCUCCUACAGUCCAUCCCAAUAUGACACAAGAGAUGGUGGCUUUGCAAGCUAAUAUAGUAAAACAAAUUGAGUAUUAUUUCAGCGAUGAGAACUUGCAAAAGGAUCAAUACCUGAUAUCAUUACUGGAUGAGCAUGGAUGGGUUUCUAUAACCAAAAUUGCUGAUUUUAAUAGAGUCAAGAGGAUGACAACUAGUAUACCUUUGAUUCUUGAUGCUUUACUUGGCUCCAAUUUGAUAGAAAUUCAGGAUGACAAAAUAAGGCGGCGUGGUGACUGGUCCAAGUGGAUUUCAACCCCAUCUGUAGUUUCUUCUCAAUCUCUGUCUACAAGGAGCCAAUUUCCUGCAAGGGAGAAUAUCAAUAUUAAUGAAAGAAGUAAUAGUGCUUAUAUUGUUCAUGAGACUCAUUGUGAAGAUCAAGAUGAAUAUUCAAAUCCAACACUUUUUUGUUCUAUAAAAGAAUCUAACAGUUUCUCAGAUUUUAAUACUGGAGAUGUGCUUGUUCGUGUUGAAGUUGCUGAAAAUGGAGAUAGUGUUGAAGUUACUGAAAAUGGAGAUAGAAUGAACGAUAAGGAGGUAGAUUAUGACUCAUUUUCAGAGAGACAGAAAGAUCCUUUUGGUGAUUGCAGAUGUGCAUCUAAUAACUCAAUUGCCAGCAAUGUUGAUGUUGAUAGUGGAAUUGAUGUUUCUCACAUCUCAAACAAUUCAGAGGUCAACUCCUGUGAUAUUGGUCCCAAAGUAGACAAAGUAACUAGUCCAGCAGAUAUGAGAGUGGCAUCUGGAACGGAUGGUGUAGAGUAUGAUAACGUUUUUCUUGAUAGUUCUCAUGUCUAUAAUUCACAUAGUACUUUUAUGCUUGAUGAGGAGCUUGAAUUGGAGCAUACAACAAAUGAAAUUGAUCAUCUUUCAUUAAAAAGAAGGGUUGAUGAUGAAGAGGAUGAAAUGGAUGUUAAUGAUCAAGAUGUGCACAGGCUUAUAAUUGUUACACAAGAUACCAGGGUUGACAAAGAUGAUAGCAUUGGCUCAGGGAAACGAGAAAUAAUAUCCAAUGAACUUGCUUUGGCUAUCAAUGAUGGACUUUACUUUUAUGAGCAGGAAUUGCAUGCCAAAACAUCCAAUAAUCAUAGAAAUUUGAAGACAAAAAUGACUAAAUCUGGUGACUAUAAUGCUUCCAGCAAUGGAACCUCAUCCUUGCAUCUGAAGGCAAACCUAAACACCAUAAAUUAUGCCUCUGAAGGUUCUGGGCAAGUUAGCUCUCGAAGGCGCCCAAACAAAGGUGCGAACAAAUCACAUGUCUCUCAUAGGCGUCUUUUUCCAAGUAAUUUUAGCAAUCGUCAUGGAGUUGUAUCUGAGAGCCCACCAAGCAAUUCGGUUGGUUUUUUCUUUGGUUCAACACCACCAGAAAACAUUGGCUUCAUGUCUUCUAAGUUGAGUGGCUCACCACAUAGCAUUAAUUCUGGAAGCCCACCUGUGGGAUCAAUGCCAAAAUCUUUUCCACCGUUUCAGCAUCCAAGCCACCAACUUUUAGAGAAAAAUCAAUUUAAGCAGCAAAAGUAUCUGAAAUUCCACAAACGAUGUCUUAAUGAGCGUAAGAAAUUAGGAAUUGGUUGCAGUGAGGAAAUGAAUACUCUUUAUCGGUUUUGGUCAUAUUUCCUAAGAGAUAUGUUCAAUAAAUCAAUGUAUGAUGAAUUUCGUAAGUUAGCAAUGGAAGAUGCAAAUGCUAAUUAUAAUUAUGGGCUGGAGUGUCUCUUCAGAUUUUAUAGUUAUGGGUUGGAGAAAGAAUUUAGAGAUGAUCUUUAUGAUGAUUUUGAACAACUUACACUCGGAUCCUACAAUAAAGGCAAUCUUUAUGGCCUGGAAAAAUACUGGGCAUUUCACCAUUACAGAGAAGGUCGUGGCAGCACAGUUACUCUAAGAAAACACCUAGAGUUGGAGAGGCUUCUUCGAGAACAGUACUGCAGCCUUGAAGAUUUCAGAGCUAAGGAAAAGGUCGACGUGGCUUCUGGUAAAGAUUGCAGCAAGAACGAAUUUGGUGGUUUUGAUGACCAGGGAGUCGCACCAUAGUUCGCUGCUCUGCCGUGCUCAAUUUUAGACAGCCUUAGCUCUGUUAUCUGUGAUCAUAAUUUGAUCUUGUAGUAUGGCUUAGAGGGUCUGUACAUUCAUAUACAUAUGUGGGGGAUUUUGAGAUCCUUGCCGGUGGUCAGUUUUGGCUGGGUCACUAUUUCUUUUUUCCAUCCCGGAUUUUUGUAAAUAACGCCAAGCAUAGUCGGUGUAUCUGAAAUCUUGGAAAUUUCCCAAUAAGGUGUAAAUUUACCCCUGCAUCUCAAA